AUGGCGGCCGACGCCGGCCUCGACGUGGCGGCGGUGGAAAGUUUCCUGGAGAGGCACCCGGAGCUGGUGGAGAAGUGGCUGAAGAGGAAGAACUCGCUCCCUAAAGCGCCCGCCCCCCCCGCCGGCGGCCCGUCGGAGGAGCGCCGGAGCGGCGGAGGCCCCGGCGGCGGCUGGGGCAGCGCGGGCGGCCCCGGCGGCGGGGGCCUGCAGCGGCGAGCCUCCCAGAAGGAGCUGCGGAAGAGCUUCGCCCGCUCCAAGGCCAUCCACGUCAACCUCACCUACGACGAGCAUGUGCACGCCCGGGCGCAGGAGCCGCUGAGCAGCGUGCGGCGGCGGGCGCUGCUGCGGAAGGCCAGCUCCUUGCCCCCCACCACCGCCCACAUCCUCAGCGCCCUGCUGGAGUCCCGCGUCAGCCUGCCCCAGUACCCCCCCACCGCCCUGGACUACAAGCGCUACCUCAAGGAGCACAACGAGCGCCAGUUCUUCCUGGAGCUGGUCAAGGACAUCUCCAACGACCUGGACCUCACCAGCCUCAGCUACAAGAUCCUCAUCUUCGUCUGCCUCAUGGUGGACGCCGACCGGGGCUCCCUCUUCCUCGUGGAGGGGGCCGCCGCCGGCAAGAAGAGCCUGGUCUCCAAGUUCUUCGACGUGCACGCCGGCACCCCGCUGCUGCCCUGCGGCUCCACCGAGAACAGCAACGAGGUGCAGGUGCCCUGGGGCAAGGGCAUCAUCGGCUACGUGGCGGAGCACGGAGAGACCGUCAACAUCCCCGACGCCUACCAGGAUCGCCGCUUUAAUGAUGAGAUUGACAAACUGACUGGAUACAAGACAAAGUCACUCUUGUGCAUGCCCAUAAGAAACAGUGAUGGAGAGAUUAUUGGUGUUGCCCAAGCAAUAAAUAAGACUCCUGGAGGUGCCCCUUUUUCUGAUGAUGAUGAAAAAGUGAUGCAGAUGUAUCUCCCAUUCUGUGGGAUUGCCAUAUCCAAUGCCCAGCUAUUUGCAGCUUCAAGGAAGGAAUAUGACAGAAGCAGGGCUUUACUGGAAGUAGUGAAUGACCUCUUUGAGGAACAGACUGACUUAGAGAAAGUUGUCAAGAAAAUCAUGCAUCGGGCCCAGACUCUGCUGAAGUGUGAACGGUGCUCGGUAUUACUUCUGGAAGAUAUCGAAUCACCAGUGGUGAAAUUUACAAAAUCUUUUGAGUUGUUAUCUCCAAAAUGCAGUGCUGAUACUGACAACAGUUUCAAAGACAGCGUGGAGAAAUCAUCAUCUUAUUCUGACUGGCUAAUAAAUAAUAGCAUUGCUGAACUCGUAGCCUCCACAGGUCUCCCAGUGAACAUCAGUGAUGCCUAUCAGGAUCCUCGCUUUGAUGCUGAAGCUGACCAGAUUUCUGGCUUUCACAUAAGGUCUGUUCUGUGUGUUCCUAUAUGGAAUAGCAGCCACCAAAUAAUUGGGGUAGCUCAAGUGUUGAACAGGCUUGAUGGGAAACCCUUCGACGAUGCCGACCAGCGACUGUUUGAAGCUUUCGUUAUUUUUUGUGGUCUGGGCAUCAACAACACAAUUAUGUAUGACCAAGUGAAGAAAUCCUGGGCAAAACAGUCUGUGGCUCUUGACGUGUUAUCUUAUCAUGCAACAUGUUCAAAGGCAGAAGUUGAUAAAUUUAAGGCAGCAAACAUCCCUCUGGUGUCAGAGCUUGGCAUUGAUGAUAUCCAUUUUGAUGACUUCUCGCUUGAUGUGGAUGCCAUGAUUACUGCAGCCCUGCGGAUGUUCGUGGAACUUGGAAUGGUUCAGAAAUUUAAAAUUGACUACGAGACGCUGUGUAGGUGGCUUUUGACGGUUAGGAAGAAUUAUCGGAUGGUUUUGUAUCACAACUGGAGGCAUGCUUUCAACGUUUGCCAGCUAAUGUUUGCCAUGUUAACUACUGCAGGAUUUCAGGAGAUUCUGACUGAAAUUGAAAUUUUAGCUUUGAUUGUGGGAUGCUUAUGUCAUGACCUUGACCACAGGGGAACCAACAAUGCCUUCCAAGCCAAGAGCGGAUCAGCCUUAGCUCAGCUCUACGGCACCUCUGCUACCUUGGAGCACCACCAUUUCAAUCAUGCUGUCAUGAUUCUCCAAAGUGAGGGUCACAACAUCUUUGCUAACUUGUCCUCUAAGGACUACAGUGACCUUAUGCAGCUUCUAAAGCAAUCAAUACUGGCAACAGACCUCACUCUGUAUUUUGAGAGAAGGACCGAAUUUUUUGAACUUGUCAGUAAAGGUGGUUAUGAUUGGAAUAUAAAAAACCAUCGAGAAGUAUUUCGAUCAAUGCUAAUGACAGCCUGUGACCUUGGAGCUGUGACCAAACCGUGGGAGAUUUCAAGACAGGCAACUGAGCUGGUAACCAGUGAGUUCUUUGAACAAGGAGACAGAGAAAGAUCUGAACUCAAACUCACUCCUUCAGCCAUUUUUGAUCGGAACAGGAAAGAUGAACUACCCAGGUUGCAGCUUGAGUGGAUUGAUAGCAUCUGCAUGCCAUUAUAUGAGUGUCUAGUGAAGCUGAAUGUGAAACUGAAGCCUAUGCUGGACUCUGUGACAGUAAACAGAGGUAAAUGGGAGGAGCUGCACCAAAAAAGACUUCCUUCUGAGGCAGCAUCCUCGUCUUCCUUUUCCUCUAGCUUUACUAUGUCUCUCAAAGACAUAAAUUAA